AUGCAAUCUGCAACCUGCAAUCCUCCUCUCCGCCGCCCGUCCUUGGAGGAACACCGGUCGGUAUUCAACCACAGCCAACCAAGCCGUUUCCCGACCAGGCGCCCGUCACGUAAUUUGUCCGUUGUGGUCCUGUGCCGAGGAUCGCAGGAAGUUCAUCCCUCGUCUCCUAGGACGACCAUCGACGAGCCCAAUGCCAACGUCGACGGGAGUCAGCAGGGCUUCUCGCAAUUAUCAAAUGCCUUCCUACCUGGAUAUCUUUCGGUAUGGAGUAGCCAACGUGGACUCAUAGCAUUGGGCGGGUCACUGUCACUGGCUGACAAUGGCAAACCCCAGCUUGUAAGAAUUGGCUCUGCAUUCGGCCCCGAGCGGUGGCUUGUCUUACGGGAUGGAUUGAUGAUUUGCUUUUGCAACCAACGGACGCUGGCAACCCAUACAUUCGCCGUGCGUCUGUGGACCUUGAACGCAAAGUUCGAAAAUUGCUUCAUGCAACUUCAGUCGGUCGGGCUCUUCGUAGACUCUUUUCGCUUGCAGAUCAAAGCUGUCAGAGCAACUUCGGUUGCGGCCGACUAUUGGGUACCAGAGGAAUUUCAGGACAAUCAUAUGAAGGGACAUGAUACGGAGUACAUCAACACAAAACCGCAUCGCCUUGGUUCCUGA